GUCCCUGGAAGCGGUGCAGAAAUCUUUGCCGCUUGUCGAGUCAGUCAAGUAUAACAAACUACGUUAACAUCAAUUUAAUCCGGGACUUAAAGGUCAUCACUAGCAUCAAACAUGUUACGACAAGUAGUUGGUGCCUUUGGAACUGUUCUAUUUAGGACUUAUGGAGCUAUGUCUAACGGUUACCACAAUGGAAGUUACAGGGGUGGUAAAGGACAACCAAGAAGUAGGUACGCGAGUACCACCAGCACACCCAACAGAGGUUUUGGAAACCGUAAUAACAAAAAUUCUACAAGCAGUGCUGGUACUAAUUUGAGAAAACCAAACUGGAGUUUUGAAAGUUUAAAGCCUUUUAAAAAGGAUUUCUAUAUACCACAUCCCAAUGUUCAAGGACGUCAUCCUCGAGAUGUUGAUGUAUUUAGACAAGAUAACCAAAUUACUUUAAAAGGAGAAAAAGUUCCUAAUCCUAUUCAACAUUUUGAGGAAGGAAAUUUCCCUGAUUAUGUAAUGCAGGGUAUUAGAAAGCAAGGAUUCAAUGAACCAACUGCUAUUCAAGCUCAGGGAUGGCCAAUUGCAAUGUCUGGUCAAAACAUGGUUGGAAUUGCACAAACCGGAUCUGGAAAAACAUUGGGAUACAUUUUACCUGCAAUAGUACAUAUUAACAGCCAACAACCAUUAAAUCGCGGUGAUGGACCAAUCGCUCUCAUUCUAGCGCCUACUAGAGAAUUGGCACAGCAAAUUCAGACUGUUGCUAAUGAUUUUGGUUCUUUGUCUUAUGUGAGAAAUACUUGUAUUUUUGGUGGUGCACCAAAGGGAAGUCAAGCUCGCGACUUGGAACGAGGCGUUGAAAUCUGCAUUGCUACACCAGGGCGGUUAAUUGACUUUCUGGAACGCGGUACGACAAAUUUACGCAGAUGCACUUAUUUAGUAUUGGAUGAAGCUGAUAGGAUGCUGGACAUGGGUUUCGAACCACAAAUUCGAAAAAUUAUUGAACAAAUCAGGCCGGACAGACAAGUUCUUAUGUGGUCCGCUACUUGGCCGAAGGAGGUUAGAAAUCUUGCAGAGGAAUAUCUUACAAAUUAUACACAAUUGAAUAUUGGAUCGUUAACGCUAGCUGCUAAUCACAAUAUUCUUCAAAUUGUUGAUGUCUGUCAAGAACAUGAAAAGGAAACAAAAUUGGGGACUCUUCUUCAGGAAAUUGGUAAUGUUAAUGAAGAUGGUGGGAAGACUAUAAUUUUUGUAGAGACAAAAAAAAAGGUGGAAAAUAUCACUAGAAAUAUUCGUCGUUAUGGGUGGCCUGCUGUAUGCAUGCAUGGUGACAAAUCUCAACAAGAAAGAGACCAUGUUCUUAGAGAAUUUAGGAACAACAGAGGUUCGAUUCUUGUAGCAACCGAUGUUGCUGCUCGUGGAUUGGAUGUCGAUGAUGUAAAAUACGUGAUCAACUUCGAUUAUCCAUCAUCAUCUGAAGACUACAUCCACAGAAUAGGCAGAACUGGCCGUUCAAAUAGUACGGGAACAAGUUACGCGUUCUUUACACCACAAAACAGUCGACAAGCUAAAGAUUUAAUUAAUGUACUUAAAGAAGCCAACCAAGUUGUCAAUCCAAAGCUUUCAGAGCUUGCAGACAGGAGUGGAAACUAUGGUGGCCGAAAUCGUUGGGGAUAUGGCGGUGGUAACCGAGGAAGAGAAAAUAUGUUCUGUGGAACGCAUAAACGAUUCGAUACGGGAAGGAACUCUAGUUAUAAUUCUAGUUGAUUUGUUUCGACUUUGACCACAUAUCUGAAUAAGUAAAACCUCUUGGAGACCUAAAACUUAGUUACAAUUUUUUUAUCUGUGAUUAGGAAAAGUUCUCCAUGGAAAAUAUGCUGCUAUACUUUAGUUCUGUGCUCGGCUAACUUUUUAUGUUAUUUUUAUUUAUGACCGUAUUGUUUUUGUUAGUUCUAGUACAAAACUUAAAGAAAUGCAGAACACAUUUGGACAAAUUUAAGUUAUACGAUAAUUAUAUAUUUCUAUUUUUUUUCACUCAUCGAGACGCGCAUAAACUAUGGCUAUGAGCUGAUCAAUUGCAGAUUAAUAAUGCUAAGUACAAAAGCUACUUAAUGCAAACAAAACUCAUGACAAUCUUCUAAAGUCAAAUUUCAAUUCUAUGUAUUCUUUAUAAACCCGUUUUACUAAUAAAUUUUAAUUGUAUACGUUUUAAGUUUUGGAAACAAUGAUAAACAUCGAUAACAUCUUUCAUUUGUUGCGCGUCUCAGAAGUAGGAGCUCAGUAAGUUGUGAAGUAAUAGUAACUGUAUCAGUAUUCAUUCCAAUUCUUUUAAUACGAUCAAUAUUAGUUAUUGGUCAUACGAUGAAGUUGUUUUUGUUUGUCUAUCUCUGAUAUAAAGUGAAAUGAAGGAACGCACUGAAUAUUAUGACUGUGAAGCUACACUUUUCUUACAUGUAUGUCUUACUAAUAACUAUGUAUAACGAUAAAUGAAAUAAUCCUAAACCUGUUAAAAAGAAACAUUCUUGGAUAAAUCGAUCUCUUCUAGUAAGGUUUACCCAUGUUUAAAACUGUAGUUUGACUUAAAUUUUCCACCCGACGUGUCAAAUUCGAAUUCGUCAUACACGACACUUUAAUCAACGUUCUAAUUCGUGAAUGGUUUUGUUAAUUAUAUACCUUUUAAACGUUUGAAGCACCUAAGGAACUAUCGCACGUCAAUGUAUUACAAUUUUCAGUUCUCAGUAAUAAACUUCGAAACAAAUGAAAAUGAAAAAAAUAUUCCU